UCGGUUGAUCUCCAUUGGUCGGCUCGUACGAACUACAGCGCGCAGGCGGUGGCAAGGUUAUAAGUAUCGGCGGUGCUAUUCAACGAGGCACAUUUCUACUCGCGUUUCGAUUGUCGAGGAAUCUACGCGCGUAGCUGAAGGAAGCCGGCACGAUUAAAAACAACACCAUUUCCUAUCCGAGUCUCGUCUAAUACCUUGUCUGGUAUUCUAUAAAAUCGAGCGAAAAUGGCAACCGAAGUACCCCAGUUGCCUCACAUCGAGAUCGUUUACCGUGUUCUGGGGCUUCCGAUAGUGGAAAGCGCGCUUUCUAAAUCUGCCGAGCAGUAUUCUCGGGUGAAAGACUGCCAUCAGCUGGUGCACUGGGUUUUAACCACGGCUGAAGCUUCUUUAAGCACCGCGACGAAACAAGCUGUACCCAUCGCCGUGCCCAUCGCCAAGAAACUCGAGAACCCUAUACACUUCGUCGACCACACGUUGUGCCUCGGUCUUGACAAAAUCGAAGAAAAAGUACCAAUGGUCAAAGAGAAACCCGAGCAGAUAUUGGAGAACGCGUACAUGCUGGCUCUUCAAACUGUUCAGCCAGCUGUUUGGAGCAUUUCGCACGUUAACGAUUUAAUAACGGCGCAGGCCGUCAAUUUGAGGGAUAUCAGCUGGAACAAGGCGAAUCAGAUCUUAGGAACGUAUUAUGGUAGCGCAGCUGUCAAGGGUUUGGAUAACACAGCUGUUGUUGUCGAUAAGUUGAUCGAUAAAUAUUUUCCUGCGACGACUGAGAAUGAACAUUCGAUAGUUUCAGCUGUAAAAUCCGAUGAAGAGGAUAAACUUCUCCACACCUUGCAAACUGUUGGACGCUUAUCGAACAAAGCUGCGCGGCGCGUGUACUCGAAUAUAGUGCACCAUCUGCGGACCAUUAAAACGGACAACAUAAAAUCGUACAUCAGUUCCGUACUCGAAUUUUUACAGGUUACGCAGUAUCUUCACCUGAUAAACGAGAAAGUGCAAGCUCACACGUCGAAUCAUGAAAACGCGGAAGUAGAAAAAAAGGAGAACUAAUGCCGUUUUGUUGUUGUCCCAAAAAGAGAGACUUUUCUGUUGACCAUUAUUAUAGUUUAACAAUUAGGAUUUAUAAAAUUACAAUUUAGCUUUUAAGUAUAUUUUGUUACCCCUGAUAUUGUUUUCAAUAAUACUAUCAUUUAAUGAUAAACAUAACGUACAACGUGAAUUCUUAUAAUACAUUUUGAAAUGAUGAGCGUGUAGCCAUUUUUACACGCAUACAUAUGAAGAGAGAAAUAUGGAUACCAACAUUGAAUUAAAAUUUGCAACUGUAUUAUUGAUUAUAAAGAAACUGUAAUAAUGGUGUUGCACUCCGAUGCUUAAAACAAAGAGUCUGAACAUUAUUUUGCGUGGUUUCGAAACCUCAGGAUAUCUUUAGAGGCUUCUAGGGAUUUUAUUUUAGUGAGAAGUGUUUCCGAGGCUAUUGUUUAUUCUUCAAACAAUUUUUCGUCCAAGAUAUCUCAUAAAACAUAUCAUAGCCUUAUGUUUUAUAUUCCCAUGAUCUGUUAAAAAGUAGAUCAAAAACCAAUCACGAUACAAUUUUAUAUUAAGAAAGUUAUAAAUAAUACGUCAAUCAUUACCUACAGCAGGAAAUGACAAGUGGAAUUAGUAAAUUGUGAUCUGAAUCGUAAGAGAAGAAAGAAAACCUUAUUUCGUUGUUAACACGAUAAUUCGUUGAACAGAGAGGAUAAACAUCUAUAUAUAGUUCCAUUUUUGUAAGUUUGUAACGACGAAUUCCCAUAAACGCCCUUAUCCUAAUGAUUAAUAGUUUUUAUAAAAUCAUUAUACACAUGAGUAUUUAUAUUAACACAUCGUUUGUGCAUUCAUCUCGUGUACAUAACAUAAAACUGUAAAAUGGUUUUAUAACGUUUUUGUACGUAUCGUAAACAUAAAUAAAACGAGUUUAAGUCUGUUACUAUUA